GCAUCUUCAGUGUGGGCACCCGGCUGUGACAGCUUGCAACUUCACAGCCAGGUGCUCAUUGCACAGGGGGGCGGACUGACAACUCAUGGGGCCCCCGGGCAGCUGCGCUUUGUGAAUGGCCCAGAAGACUACGGAGGGGAGGACAACGUCUGCUUCCGAUCGCCUAGGCGAUUGCCACAGAAGUGGGAACCUGUCAAAUUCAAUGUCAGUACACCCCCCCUCCCCCCAUUCCCCAAAGGUCUCAAUCCUUAACCAGUCCUUAAAGCGGUAGGAACUUCCCCUUUUGGGUGGAGCUGCGC